AUGGCUAAUGUUGAUUGGGAUCUCUUUUCUAUUGUGCGUAGCUGCAAAACUAGCACCUUAACUCCUCCUUCCUCUAUUUUUGAAACCUCACCUCACACCCCAUUUUACUUUGAUGAUUUUACUUUGUCCCAUGAAAAUAACCCAAUUCCUAACAUUAACACUAGUAUUAAUGAAACCAACCAUUAUCCUACUGUUUUGGAUUUUCCAAUAUUUGUCGGACAACAACAAAUUACGCCAAACGACAACAAUCAAAUGGUUUUCCCAAAACCUGCUGCCUACGUUGAAAUUACAACUCAACAUUUUGAUUUUGCAUACAACCAUCCAUCGGUUCUCCAUGAACUCCAGAGAGAGCGCAAUCAACUACCAAUUCAAGAACCCCGAACUCGUUUUGGGAUUGUACCAAAUACACUUUCACACCAUUCAAAACGAAAAUCUUGGAAAAGGAAGAAUAAAAACACCAAGACUUUGGAGUGCCAUUUGAGUGUAGAGAAGAUCAAAGAAGAUCCGUGGACAUGGAGAAAAUAUGGAGAAAAAAUCAUCAAAGGGUCUUCACAUCCAAGGAGCUACUACAAAUGUAGCAGCUUCAAUGACUGUCCAGCAAAAAAACUAGUAGAAAAAAGCAAAAACAAAGAUAACACUUAUGUUGUGACGUAUAAAGGACAACACAAUCAUAAAGAGCCAAAAUGUAACGAUAGAUCUAUCAUUGGUACUUCCCGAAACAAUUCAUCAAAGAGAGUAUUAUCUACUGCUAAAGGUGUUGAGUCAUCCUCAACUCAAUCAAAAGUCCUAUAUCCAGAAAAUGAACUUACAAAAAAACAUUUGCUUGUUUCCCAAGAAGAUGUACCGUCUUCAAAUGUCGGAAACUUGAGUUCAUCUGAUGUGAUGAUGUUGCAGUUUGAUGAGCCAAAGAGCAGUGAUGCUCAAGUUUUCACUUCUGAAUCAACAAAAUCGGUUGGAAGUUGUGAUGAUGAUGACUAUGAUAUUUUGAUACCAAACAUGAGAGCAAUGUCGGAGGAUAUUUUACUAGACUUCAAUCACCUCAAUGGUGGUAGAUUAUUCUCUUAG